AUGUGCAAGGGAGCUAUCAUCGCGGAAGCAUCGCUCUUUAUGUGCAAGCGGGCUCGGUUACAUUGUCAGGGCGUUGGGUCGAUCGACGUAUCACCGGGUGUAUGGCGCGAUGUAUACUCAGCAACCAUAUUUUUGACCACUGCUGCUGUGCACAUCAACAACAAUCUCCAACGACACUUCCAGAAAUGCGGAUGCACUCUGAUGGUUGUGCGCCUCGAUACAGGAACAACCUUUGCUGCUACGGUCAGAGAUGCUCAUGGAGUCAUUGAAGUACCGAUAGGUUUCCGGUCGUUAUCUUAUGGUGAAGCCUUUGCGUUCCGUCCGAUCUGUGAACAUGUUAUAGGGCCGCCUCUUUGGGAUCAGUAUGAGGUGACUCGGGGCCUCCUGUCAAUUGUUAUCACAAUCAGUCCCUGUCAUUUUUCAUCACCCUCUCCUUGGCAGGUAUACACAGAAGAGUAUCACCAGAUUCCUCGACGUUACCAAUUCGAUAUCACAAACGAUGAACGGGGCUUGUACGAAACCGAAUUUCUCGAUUUCCAAGGGACGUCUUAA